AUGGCUAGCAUUGCUAUCCAACCCAUUAUCAUAUCAGCUCUCCUCUACUUCUUCCUUAGCCUUCUCGUCAAAAGCCCAGCUGGCUGCGAGGCUGAGAACAUCUUGUACAGUGACGAAGCUCUCUACAGUGGCAACUCUUUUCAAUAUGGAAGUUAUAGCUUUACAAUGCAAGAAGACUGCAACCUAGUUGUCUACAAAAAUGAUUCUUCCAUAUGGGCUUCCGGCACCGAUGGAAUGGGUAGAAAUUGCUAUUGUCGGAUGCAAUCCGAUGGGAAUCUCGUCGUCUAUGAACAUGAUACCGAUCGGGUAAUAUGGGCUAGCAACACCGAUCGUGACUAUGGUAACUAA